CUUACCCAUUUAUGCGCAUGGUGUCGCUCUUCACUGAGAACGUUUCUGCCAAGAAAGCCACAGUUUUUUCCUCCAGAAAAUUUGCCAGAUCAGACAAUAUCCGUUUCGAAUUCUUCCGCAGUAGGAGGCCAUAAAAUUGGCCCUUGAGAGGCAGUUUAAGGUAAGGUAUUCUAUAUUUUGUGGAUAUCUCUGAAGAUUUUGCGUUUGCCAUGUUGUUUACCUGGAAAGAAGGCCUGGGCUACAGGCAUCUGCUACUCUCGCUUGUGCUCCUCGCAGUCUGGGGGACCGGUAGCGGCCAGCUCCACUACUCCGUCCCCGAGGAGGCCAAACACGGCACCUUCGUGGGCCGCAUCGCGCAGGACCUGGGGCUGGAGCUGGCGGAGCUGGUGCCGCGCCUGUUCCGGGUGGCGUCCAAGGAGCGCGGGGACCUUCUGGAGGUAAAUCUGCAGAAUGGCAUUUUGUUUGUGAAUUCUCGGGUCGACCGGGAGGAGCUGUGUGGGCGGAGCGCGGAGUGCAGCAUCCACCUGGAGGUGAUCGUGGACAGACCGCUGCAGGUUUUCCACGUGGAGGUGGAGGUGAAGGACAUUAACGACAACCCGCCAGUGUUUCCUGAAAGUAACAAAAGUAUAAUUAUCGCGGAAUCUCGACCUCUGGAAACUAGAUUUCCACUAGAUGGCGCAUCAGAUGCAGAUAUUGGUGUAAACUCGGCAUUGACCUACCGCUUGGAUCCCAGCGAUUAUUUCACUUUGGACACACAAAAUAGUCGUGAACAAAUGUCUCUAUUAUCACUUGUGUUAAGGAAAACCUUAGACAGAGAGGAGAUUCAGGAACAUAGUUUAUUACUGACAGCCAGUGAUGGAGGUAAACCUGCGCUGACCGGUACAGUUCAGCUGCUGAUUAGGAUUCUGGAUGUGAAUGACAAUGCACCAGAAUUUGACCAAUUUGUUUAUAAAGUUAAAGUAUUAGAGAACGCGCUUAACGGAACACUGGUGAUCAAACUAAAUGCCACAGACCCCGACGAUGGUCCAAAUGCAGACAUAGUCUACUCCUUCAGAAGGCCCAUAUCUCCUGCAGUGGUACAUGCAUUUAAUAUAAAUCCCAAGAGUGGAGAAAUCAGGAUAAAAGAUAAACUGGAUUUCGAAGAAAAUAAAUUUUAUGAAAUAUCCGUGGAGGCAGUUGACAGAGGGAAUAUCCCAAUGACGGGUCAUUGUACCCUUUUGGUGGAAGUAGUAGAUAUAAACGAUAAUGCCCCGGAGGUAAGCAUUACAUCUCUGUCGCUGCCUGUGAGAGAGGACACUCAACCUAGUGCUGUCAUCGCCCUGCUUAGCGUGUCUGACCUUGACUCUGGUGUCAACGGAAAAGUGACCUGUUCCCUUACGCCCCACGUCCCCUUCAAACUGGUGUCCACCUUCAAGAACUACUAUUCGCUGGUUCUGGACAGCACUUUGGACCGCGAGAGCACAUCUAGCUAUGAACUGGUAGUAACCGCAAGAGAUGGUGGUUCGCCCUCGCUGUGGGCCACGGCCACCGUGUCCGUGGAGGUGGCCGACGUGAACGACAACGCGCCGGUGUUCGCGCAGGCCGAGUACACGGUGUUCGUGAAGGAGAACAACCCGCCGGGCUCCCCCAUCUUGACGGUGUGCGCGCGCGACGCGGACGCGCAGGAGAACGCGCGCGUGUCCUACUCGCUGGUGGAGCGGCGGGUGGGCGAGCGCGCGCUGUCGAGCUACGUGUCUGUGCACGCGGAGAGCGUGUACACGGGCGAGAUCAGCACCACGCGCGCCCUGGACCAGGAGGACGCGCCGCGCCAGCGCCUGUUGGUGCUGGUGAGGGACCACGGGGAGCCCGCGCUGACGGCCACCGCCACUGUGCUGGUGUCCCUGGUGGAGAGCGGGCAGGCGCCUAAGGCCUCAUUGCGGGCAUUAGCAGGGGACUCAGGACCGGAAGUGACGUUAGUGGACGUAAACGUAUACUUAAUCAUCGCGAUUUGCGCGGUGUCCAGCCUGUUGGUGCUCACUCUGCUGCUGUACACGGCGCUGCGUUGCUCAGCGGCGCACACGGAGAGCGCGUGCGGGCCUGGGAAGCCCACGCUGGUUUGCUCGAGCGCGGUGGGGAGCUGGUCAUACUCGCAGCAGAGGGGACAGAGGUGUGCUCUGGGGAGGGCCCGCCCAAGACGGACCUCAUGGCGUUCAGCCCCAGCCUUCCUCCUGUUCUGUGUUCUAAAGAGGAAUCACACCAGAGUAAUGAGCAGGCAGAACACUUGAAAGAGCCACGACAGCCCAACCCUGACUGGCGUUACUCUGCCUCCCUGAGAGCAGGCAUGCACAGGUAUGU